CAACCCCUGUUUCAACAGUCGAUGGCAGGUUAAGUGCUGCUGCUAUUGACCACCGUACGACACAUCCGAUUCCGCACAACAAACAAAUUAUCGCCAAGAAACAAAACACAGAGGAAAAAAACACGAUGCGGUUAAACUUGAUUUUGCGAACACUCUGCCUCAUCGCCCUAAUUUGCACUUGUACUAUCGCCGAUUCUGCCAACCAAGAAAUUGAUUCGUCGGAGAAUCUUUUACCGCUGAUGGGUCAACUCGGAAAGCGUGAACCGUUCAAAAAACUUCGAUCUCACAACCCGAUUCUCAUUUUUCACCAAUCUAUCCGACAACCACGGUAUCUGCCAAGAACGAAUAGCCACACGGAGGCACCAGUGGGUGAACGCGACAUCCCAAGACGGCUCAUUCGACGCGGAAAUAACAAGACGCAUUCUAAUAUACAGCCGCUCCUCGUAUGGAAUCAUCAGCUGCUGCCCAAUUUCUAUAACAAGCGACAACCACCCUACUUUAUGAGCAGCCUUCGCAGAGAUGGCAACUUGGGUAAUACGAAGAAUUCUGUGGCUGUCAAACGAUCCCACGAUUGGUUACCCAAGUCUGAUGACGAAACGAACGUACAAGCAUUCCCCUACGAAGAGUUCAACUACGACAGUAAAGAUUAUUACCAAGUCGAUAACGAUUUCAACGAGCCGGACUUCGAACAAAUUGAAACCAAGAACGACGAUUUUUAAAGCGCCAUAUUGCUUUUUUUGUUUUUGCACUACACACAAUUGACUGCUAAUCGCUACACACAUUUCACGAAAAUCAAAUGAUCGCAGAAAUAAUAAAGUUGGGUGGAUACUCCUGA